CUUUCUUCCAUUCUUGAUUCUCCCGGCGCAGAGGCUUGUGGCUCCAGAAGCAAUAGUGCUUGAGUGAAAAUGCAGAAAGAGGUCCGCGGCGGUGACAGCCAUGACAACAACAACAAGAACUCCACGGACUUGUCACAGCAAAAUGCGCAUCUCUCUCUUUCACCGGAAAACCAGUUAGACGCCAUUGAUUUCACUUCAUUCUAUCCCUCAAUGUUCGCUCCGAAUUCGCCUUCCCUCUCCAUUACACCGUCGGAUUGCUCCUUGGAUGAUGAUGGCACGAACUCCAUCGCAACCGAUAACCGCCUCCAUCAGGCACGCUUCGUCCUGGAGUAUCAGCAACUCUACAACCGAUACACAAUGUGCCUCGCUCAUCUCCAAGAAACACUCAAAGAAGUCGACGCGCUUCGCCAGGAGAAUGACAAUCUCCGAGUCACCAAUGCAGAUUUGGUGAAACGCUUAGGUCUCUUGUCUCAGAGCACAAUGCAAAACUGCCUUCUCUCCCCUGGUCAUCCACCAGCCUCCUUCAUCAGCGACUUCAAUCGUCUUAAUGUGGGAGGCACCAUCGGUGAUCGUCGCAUCGCCGAAGAAGUUUCUAAUAUCAGUCCGACGAGCGUGAUCGAACACAAUCGGUUCGAUCGGAGGAGUACAGAGAGAGUUACACUGCCAAAGAGCAUUUCCGUUCGUUCCAGUGGCUACCUGAAGAUGACUCAACGUGGCGGAAGCAAUGGAGGUCCGAGUCGCGGCAAUCGAGUCAAGAGUCCAAUUGUAAAUGGAUCGCAAAGAGUGUAUGUGCCUGGGUCCAAGAGAGAGGAAGAGGCGCUCGAAUUCGAGGUCUACAACCAGGGGAUGUUCAAGACGGAGCUGUGCAAUAAGUGGCAGCAAACCGGCGAGUGUCCGUAUGGCCAAAACUGUCAGUUCGCACAUGGAAUCACGGAGCUACGUCCGGUGAUCAGGCAUCCACGUUACAAAACUGAGGUUUGCCGGAUGGUUCUCGCCGGCGACAACUGCCCUUACGGCCAUCGAUGCCACUUCCGGCAUUCUCUCACCGAUCAGGAGAGGCUCUUGGGCCCACUUCAACUGAAUGACCUGAACGGUGCAGAUAUGCAGGCCUAGGUUAUGCUUGGAUGUAGAUAAUAUCGUAAUCGGGUCGAAUAAAAAAGGAAUAGUAAAAUAGUAAAUAAAAUAAAAAAAAAAGAAAGAAAGAUUAAUAUCAUAAUGAUAUUUUUUUGGAGAAAAAAAUAUAGGAGUGGCGCGAGAAAUGGUAGAUUUCAGCUAAAGGGGAGGGAAAUAGGGGCCAGAGGGAAAUGUACUUUUUGUAAGUUGCGGUUCUACUCAUUUUGUUAUUCUUUUUUUCUUUUUUGUACUUUCAUUAUUCGUGUUAACAAACAUUUGGUUGAGGCGUGAACCAUUGACCAACCUAACGAACAAACCCUGUGCAAUGAUGAUGACCUAGUCGAUUUGGUACGCAAUGUUCGAUUACAGUUUUCAAUUUCAUGUUUACUGUUUUCCUGAUCUGCAUGAAAUCAAAGUACACGGAUAUGCUACAACGUGCAUCAUUUGAUAUUCUUGAUUCUUGAUUUUCCGUUUUCCUUUCGAAUCAUUUUAAUAUGAUGCAUGAUCUGAUGGAAAUUAUAAAUGUUGUUAAAUUGUCGUACGUACUACAUAAAA